GGUAGGCCCACGCCAACUUUGUUACCCUAGAUGGAUACCGUCUACUAGUAGGCCUAGUACUAGCUCGGAGAUAGGUUAGAGGGCCGUCAAAUUAAGUGAUCAGACAUGUGGGGGAGUAAAUUAUGGUUGUUUCCUGUGGCAGUCUUCGUUUUCAUCCCAUUAACCUUCAUAAUAUCGUAUAUUAUUGCUGUUUGCGCCGGCCAUGUGGCACCUGGAUUCCCCUACAUCAGUGACACAGGGACAGAACCACCGGAGAGCUGUAUAUUUGGUCAAAUGUUGAACAUAGGUGCUGUACUAGCUGGGAUCACGCUGUACAUAAGAUACAGGGAUGUGGAGGAGAAUCUGAAAAUAAGGGAUAUAACCCAACGUUCAUGUGUUCACUUGUCUUGUUUAAACAACAUUGGCUUUGUACUUGGCAUAUGCUCAGCCCUGGGAGCCAGCAUUGUGGCUAACUUUCAGGAAACAAAAGUGUUGGUUGUUCAUUUGAUUGGAGCAUUCAUGACCUUUGGACUUGGGUCAAUCUAUUGCUGGUGUCAGACCUACAUCACCUACAAACUGUGCGGAGCAUCGCUGAAAAUUGCCAACUUACGUCUGGGUAUUUGCGUCACCAACACAGUUUUCUUCAUUAUCUUAGUUGUGUCCACACCUGUAGCAAUGGGCAAGUUUUCCGGCUUUGACCCCAAGUAUUGGCAACAAGACGAAGGGGGUUUUGCAGAGCACAUCGUCUCUACAGUUUCAGAGUGGGCUAUGGCUCUUGCCAUGAUGGUUUACUUCCUUACAUUUGUCAAAGAGUUUCGGAAUUUUGGUAUGAGGUGUCCCGUGUAUUACAGACAUUGCGACGAGCAGAUAACUGGAAAAAUCCGACAUCUGUCUCUAGAUAACAGUACUUCUAACCAGGGGGAGACAACUUGUCCAGAAUCACCAGAGUCCACCUCCCGUAACAUUCAUAAUGAAAGUAACGGGUCUCUUGAUCGGAUUAUAACGGUUUGAGACAGUUUUAAUUGAUAAUAUGCAUUCAGGUUUGAAAUGCAGCAGGAUGAUUUUGUUUAUUUUUAUUGAAAAUGAUAUUAACAUUACACUGUAAGACGGGUCAAAAGUUGGGGGUCACGUGACCACCCUUUCGUGUCUUUAAAAAAAAAAAAUGGCUGCCCAAUAUUAAAGCAUUGGGGGAAAAGGUCACUUUUUGCCACUUCGGUAGCAAGCAGUAAGGCCUACAAAAUAACGUCAUGAAAGCUCUGCAGAAAUACUCAGACUAUCUGGAAGCUGAAAAUUAUACAAAUCCAACGGAUAUAAAAUCACUGAGAGAGAUUCAAAAAUAGGUAUUUUCCUAUGCAAUAACGUUGGGAGGACCAUUUUUCUCACUGACGCCGUUUGUUACUAAGGAAAUCGCGUGGUCUCUAGCUUCCGAUCCGUCUCACAGAAUAACUUGUACAUUCCAAUCGUCGGUAUAAAUGUAAACCUAUUAGAGUUAUGUCCCUUACUUAUGAGUCGCUGAAAGAGCAGUGUCGUUAUGGGUAAUUGUUACCAAAAAUUAGUUUAAUUACUUAUGAAAUAUACAUACUUAUAUCAGAUUGUUUUACAAUACAAAAAAUGUAAUCAUUAUCACUGUUCAUACUUUUUGGAUAGAUGUCUUGGAAUAAUAUUAAAGUAUUCAUUAAAUAUUAUCAUUAAAAACCUUUGAUUUAAUUUCAAUGACAUUUCUGCAUAUAAUUGUUUGCAUAUACUGGUAUAUGAAAUUUUGUGAUUCUCUAUGAAGGAAUCACUUUUCUACGGGAAGAAAAUCCGUCUCACAAUAGUUUGUACAUUCCAAUCGUUGGUAUAAAUGUAUACCUGUUAGAGUUAUGUCCCUUGCUUGUGAGGCGCUGAAAGAGCAGUCUCGUUAUGGGUAAUUGUUAUAUAAAAUUAGUUUAAUUAUAUAUGAAAUAUACGUACUUAUAUCAGAUUGUUUUACAAUACAAAAAAUGUAAUCAUUAUCACUGUUCAUACUUUUUGGAUAGAUGUCUUGGAAUAAUAUUAAAGUAUUCAUUGAAUAUAAUCAUUAAAAACCUUUGAUUUAAUUUCAAUGACAUCUCUGCAUAUAAUUGUUUGCAUAUACUGGUAUAUGAAAUUUUGUGAUUCUCUAUGAAGGAAUCACUUUUCUACGGGAAGAAAAUUAUUCUACUGUCCGUGUUUUAUGUGAUGGUUUCAAUGAUAAACUUUGACUGUCAGAAUUAGCAGCAUAGGUUCUUUAUGAUCAAACAAUGACAGUGCUUUAAGCAAAAACCACGACAAAGUUUACAGCCUGUUUUUAUGGAUAAUUGUUGUUGUUGUUGUUGCUGUUGUUUAUGAUGAGUAUUUGAUCAAAGUCUGACAUACAAAUUUGUUACGUUCUUAUAUCAAGUAAUACUAUUUUUUAUUAUGUACUUUCCAAAUACAUUCCUUACCCAUUGGGCAGAAACCUGCGGUACAUGUACUACAUCAUAUCAUUUCGAAAGAACCUUUCUCUAUUCCGUAGUGAAGAAAAUAUGACAAAAUUAUUGCAGAAAAUGGUCUAUUCAUUGAACAAACAAUUAUACAUGUAGUUUAUUUCGUUGAUAUUCCUGAAGUUGUUUUAAUAAGUUUUCUGUGCUACUUGUUCAAGUGUAAAUAUUUUAUUAAUACAUCACUAUUGUGGUUUGAUGUUUAUAAUCUUUGACAUUGUAGGCCGUAAGAUUGUAUGAUUAUAUGGAAUUAAGUCUGUGAUAUACAUCGAUAAGUGUCUUGAAAUGACCCAUACGUUAUAUAAUUAUGACCCAUGCAUGUAUGUUCUGCUCAGGGUAUUGGGGAUGCGGGUCAGGAUAACAGUGUUUUACAGUGGUUCACAUUGUCAGACCCUGUUCAUUAAUUUGCUUUAUUGUUUUGUCUUCCAUAACUCCAUGUAUUAACCGAAUUGGAAGGAAUUUGAAAAGUUUCAAAAUCAGAGUGUGACACUCUAUAGUUAUGUUAUUCUGAAUUAACCAGGUCGAAAUAUGAAGAACAGAAUUGACAUUUUUUUCAUCAUUGCUGCUUCCCAUCACCAAUGAGAUAAAUAAUUGCACAACAUUUGUGGUUGUAUUGGCCAGAACGCAGGAUAUGGUAUUAGAGCCUUUCGGGAUUUUUAAAGACAAUUCAGAGCGUUCAUAAUGCAAUUCAAAAUUUGAGGUAUAGGGUUUAAUUGAAUGAAUUUCACGUUUACGAAGACAAGAGCGAGUGAUCGAGAGGAAAUCGGAUUUGCGGCCGGAGCUUGUGAUAUGACUAUGUAAUACCACUGCAGGUAUACAGGUAUUUUAAUCAGAAUUUUGGGCAGGUAAGAAGUUCACAGAAAAGGCUGCACUACAGGUUGCCUUACUCUCAGUGAAACAGCAUUGCAUGACAAAUGUGUUUUCGUACAUGACCAUUUACGAUAUAUAGAUUAUACAUAAUAUACAAUAAUUUUAACAGAUUUUGAUACCCAGAAUGCCUUUUUCUCAAAUGUGGAAUGGAUUUAAUAAAAUAUAUACUGAUCGAUAA